AACAUGAAAUAACUGGUGAAACUGUCCCAUCUCUCACUGAAUCUCAUCUUGAAAAAAUGGGAAUUUGUACUGUAGGAGUGAGAGAGAAACUGCUAAUUUGUCUGCGCAAACUGGCACAAAGUCAGAGUUACACUGAAAUAGCAAAGGUUUUUAAUGAUCCAAUCCAUGGUCAUAUUGAAAUGCAUCCUCUUCUUGUUCGCAUCAUUGACACACCUCAAUUUCAGCGUCUACGAUAUAUUAAACAAUUGGGUGGCACUUACUAUGUUUUCCCAGGAGGAUCACACAAUCGCUUUGAACAUUCUCUUGGCGUUAGUCAUCUCGCAGGCCGUUUGGUGCAGGCGUUGCAAGAACGACAACCUGAACUGAAUAUUGAUCAGAGGGAUAUUCUCUGUGUUCAAAUUGCUGGACUUUGUCAUGACUUGGGUCAUGGACCAUUUUCACAUAUGUUUGAUGCAAGAUUCAUUCCACUUGCUCGCCCGGGAUUAAAAUGGAAGCAUGAGCUGGCUUCAGUUCAGAUGUUUGAAUACUUAAUUGAUUCCAAUAACUUAAAGCCAGACAUGGAAAAGUAUGGUCUCCAGCUUGAUGAAGACAUAGAUUUUAUCAAAGAACAGAUAGCAAGUCCUGUUGAGGAGAAAAUGGGAGACAAAGAGUGGCCCUAUUGUGGUCGUUCCAAAAACAAGAGUUUUCUUUACGAAAUAGUGGCUAACAAAACAAGUGGCAUUGAUGUUGAUAAAUGGGACUAUUUUGCCAGGGAUUGUCAUCAUCUUGGAAUUCAAAACAAUUUUGAUUAUGAGCGCUUCAUUAAAUUUGCUCGAGUGUGCCAAGUGAAAGAUAUGAUGCAUAUUUGUACCCGCGACAAGGAGGUUGGAAAUUUGUAUGACAUGUUCCACACACGAAACUGUCUGCACCGCAGAGCAUAUCAGCACAAAGUUAGCAACAUUAUUGAAACCAUGAUUACUGAUGCCUUUCUAAAGGCUGAUCCAUAUAUCAAAAUAAAGGGCUCAGGUGGAAAAAUGUUCCGGAUCUCUACAGCACUGGAAGACAUGGAAGCCUAUACCAAGCUGACAGAUGAAAUCUUUUUGAAGAUUCUACAUUCUGAUGAACCAGAGCUGAGUGAUGCACGCGAAAUUCUGUGUAAAAUACAGCAGCGCGAUCUCUUUAAAUGCUUGGGAGAAACACAGCCACCAGAGGGCAAGGAAAUUAAAAAGGAAGAUUAUGAUGGAUUGCGAGCUGAAAUUGUUAAUUCCAAACCUAAGACAAUCUCUGUAGAUGUGGAGCUGAAGGCUGAAGAUUUUAUUGUUGAUGUUAUUGAUAUGGAUUAUGGAAUGAAAAAAAGGAACCCUAUCAAUAGUGUUCGCUUUUACUGCAAGACUGACAUCACUCAGGCAGUUAAAAUUACAAGAGAACAAGUUUCACAGCUGCUCCCAGAAAAAUUUGCAGAGCAGAUCAUCAGAGUUUAUUGUAAAAAAAAGGAUGCAAAGAUAAUUGAGGCUGCUACAAAAUACUUUAUUCAGUGGUGUAUGGAUAAGGAUUUCACUAAACCACGGGAUGGUGAUGUGGUUGCUCCAGAACUUACUCCAAUGAAAAAAGGGUGGAAUAAGGAUGAUGAAAAUCAGGAUUCAAACAGGAACAGUAGUUGUAAAGUAAAACUUUUUUAAAUCUAAGUCGACGAGUUUGGGGCACGUAUCCAUUCAGAGGAUGUCGGAGAUCAUUCGUUUGGUUCUCUCAGCAACUGUUGCUACUUCUGUCCUAAUCCUAGGUGGAGCAAUACCAGCCAGAGGAUACAUUUUCUCAAUUGGUGUGGGUUUAGGGCAUCCUGUCACUGUGUGUACUGCUUCAUUGACAGUAAUGUCAACUAGCUUUGCAUAUGUGGAUGUACUCCAUUCUGGAGCAGCAUAUCCUGCUGCAGAAAUACCAGCAAACCAUCAACCGUGAAAUGAAUCAGUGAACAAACCCCAUAGUUUCAUAUAUAUUCUGAGUAAAUAUAUAAAAUAAACUUAAGAAGGGGGGGAGAUCUUGUGCUACUUGCUUGAAAUUCAUAUAUUUUCUAUAUGAAGGGAUUAUUCCAUAAUUCCUUAACUCUUUUAGAUCAUGACAGCUGGUGAAUGUAUGUUGAUUUAGAGCUAAAUAUUCAUUAGCACAAUAAAUAUUACAAUAUUUUAAAGUUA